CCGGCGUCAAUAACCGAUAACGAUAAAUUGCGACCUGCAACUCGGACAAUCAGCAACAGCUGAGGCGCUUAAAACACAUUUUUCUAUUAGAAUUUUUGGCGCAAGGCGCGUUGCUAAAGUAACAGGAACAGACAAAUAACAUGACUAGGAGCAGCAUCGAACUGGGCGAUGUGACGCCCCACAACAUCAAGCAGCUGAAGAAGCUUAACACUGUGGUUUUCCCGGUCUCCUACAACGACAAGUUCUACGUGGAUGUCCUGGAGGCCGGCGAACUGGCCAAAUUGGCCUACUACAACGACAUUGUGGUGGGCGCCGUCUGCUGUCGCAUCGACACCACCGAGAACCAGCGGCGCCUGUAUAUCAUGACCCUGGGAUGCCUCUCCCCGUACCGCCGACUGGGCAUCGGCACAGUCAUGUUCGAGCACAUCAUGAACUUCGCCGAGAAGGACGGAAACUUUGACAGCAUUUUUCUACAUGUGCAAAUCAACAACAACGGAGCCAUCGAGUUCUACAAGAAGUUUGGUUUCGAGAUUGUUGACACCAAGGAGCAAUACUACAAGCGCAUCGAGCCGGCGGACGCUCAUGUACUGCAAAAGGCUCUGCGACGCACUGCACCCAACUCCAACAGCUCCGCCAACAGCACCGCCGCCAACUCAAAUUCCCGUAGUAAAGCACGCCAGUUCACAUUUGUUUAAAGAUGAAUUUCAAUAUGUAUAACAAACUGACAUGUAGAGGCGGCCAAAACGAUGUAUUCAAUUAGUCCGAUCAUAUCUAUGUGUAAUCAAUAAUAAUUACCCCUGCGCGGGAAUAAAUAGCUCUAUACGGCUUGGACAGUCGAAA